AUGUCGCUCGCCGCCCUCGACGGCCUCAAGGCCGCAAUCGAGCGCAUCAUCCUCGACCCCAAGUACCACGACAUCCUCGCCGUCGUCAAAGGCGCCCGCAAUGGAGCCGUCUACGGCGCAAAAGUUCGCUUUCCUCAUGCCCUUGUACUCCGCCAAAAAGCAGGCCUCGUCUUCCGCGCGACCCGAACCCACGCCCGCAACCUCGCCAAGUUUGCGACAAUCUACAAGCUCACAAUGUACCUCCUCAAAAACUACGGCCCCAGCCCGGGCAAGGAAGGGCCCUACGACUCCUUCUUCGCCGGCCUGCUGGGCGGCUACAUCGUCUUUGGCGGGCGCUCCCCGCGCAGUGGCAAGAUCUCGAGCGUGAACCAGCAGAUUGUCAUCUACGUCUUUGCGCGCGUCGUCUUGGCGCUCGCUCGCCUCGCCGUGGCGCCCGGCAAGGGCCUGCCCGUCGUCAGCCGCGACGACGUCUCGGCCAAGAUUAGCUACUACGCGUGGCCCGUCUUCGCGAGCACGAGUUGGGCCAUGGUCAUGUACCUGUUCCGCUGGCAGCCGCAGGAGCUGCAGCCUAGUCUGCGCAGCAGCAUGACGUAUAUUUACCAGCAGAGCAGCGAGUGGGAUUCGCUGAGGAACUUUAUCUGGCAUAACAAAUAG